ACGCAAACGAGUGAAGCUGACCCGCAAAGACCAAGAGGGCGUGGACAGCGUUUGGGUCCGUAAAUUUCCAGCGGUACGCAUGUGCAGGAGUAGAAACCGUUCAAGAGGUAUUCCAUGAGUUGCCGGUCCAACAUGGAGAGAAAAGUCCUAGCGCUACAGGCAAGAAAGAAAAGAGUCAACAAGGGGAAAAAAUCUACGAAAAAGCCUGACCCCCACCCCAGAGCUCCCCCGCGGCAGGAGGACUCCCCCCAGCAGGAGCCGGAGGAGGAGAUCCUGGGUUCUGACGAUGAGGAGCAGGAGGACCCCAAUGAUUACUGCAAGGGUGGAUACCACCAUGUGAAGAUCGGGGACCUGUUCAACGGGCGGUACCACGUGAUCCGAAAGUUGGGCUGGGGCCACUUCUCCACUGUGUGGCUGGCCUGGGACCUGCAGGGGAAGCGCUUUGUGGCCAUGAAGGUGGUGAAGAGCGCGGAGCACUACACUGAGACCGCGCUGGACGAGAUCAAGCUGCUGCGAACGGUCAGAAAUACGGAUCCAGAUGACCCCAACAGGGAGAGAGUUGUCCAGUUGUUGGAUGAUUUCAAGAUCUCUGGCGUCAACGGCACUCAUGUGUGCAUGGUGUUUGAGGUGAUGGGACACCACCUGCUCAAGUGGAUCAUCAAAUCCAACUACCAGGGUCUGCCUCUGCCCUGUGUCAAGACCAUCAUACGACAGGUUCUGCAAGGCCUGGACUACCUGCACACGAAGUGUAAGAUCAUCCACACGGACAUCAAGCCGGAGAACAUCCUGAUGAGCGUGGACGAGCCCUACGUCCGGCGUCUAGCCGCUGAAGCCACAGAGUGGCAGAAGGCUGGAGCUCCGCCCCCUUCUGGCUCUGCUGUGAGUACAGCUCCACCACCAAAACAAGUUUCGCAGCCAGCAGUGGUAGCCAGAGGACGAGAGAGAAGCCUGAGGCACAGACAGAAAGGCAGGCAGAGCGGUCGUGUAGAGUCAGUGAUAGGUGGAAGGUGGAUGCUGGGAGCACCUGGGAGAAGGCUGGUUUUUCAGGUGGUGAAGAUGUCGAAGAAUAAGAAGAAGAAGCUGAAGAAGAAGCAGAAGCGUCAGGCAGAGCUCCUGGAGAAGCGCAUCCUGGAGCUGGAGGAGCUGGAGAAGGGUUGCGAGGAUGGGGAGGAGGAGAAGGAGGACCCUCAAUCGCCUGAGGGGCCCACCUGUGUCCCCCUCCAACAGGCCUCCUUCCAGGACAUCGCCUGCAAGGUCACAGAAGAAAGCAGCACUGAAGGGUGGGGUCAGGACGAGGGCGUGAUGGAGGUGAACUGCAACGGCCACACCCCCAACAGCCCCCCCCAGGGGAGGGAGAAAGAGGAGGAGGAGCAGCCAGACCAGUGCGAGGAAGAAGACCGCCGCAACGCAAAUGAUGGCCUGCAGGGGGAGCACGACUCGCAGGCACAGCAGGAGCCGCUCGCCAACGCCACCUACCAGACCUGCAACGGCCUGGCCGACGACGGUGACCUCAGUGACGUGAGCCACUCGGCGCCCUCUACGUGGCAGGAGGAAGAACGGCAGCCUGAGGAACCGGGCACCGGGUGCGCCGAGGCAGAGAACGUUCUGGAAAGCCAGGAGGAGAGCCUGAGGAACGCUAAGUUGGCGGCCGGAAACCUGCUGGUGAACCUGCUGGAGCCGUUCAACUCUGACAAGAUCCAGGUGAAGAUCGCGGACCUGGGGAACGCCUGCUGGGUGCACAAGCACUUCACAGAGGACAUCCAGACGCGGCAGUACCGCUCCCUGGAGGUCCUGAUCGGUGCGGGGUACAACACACCCGCCGACGUCUGGAGCACGGCCUGCAUGGCGUUCGAGUUGGCGACGGGGGACUACCUGUUCGAGCCGCACUCUGGUGAAGACUACUCUCGUGAUGAAGACCACAUUGCGCUGAUCAUUGAGCUGCUGGGGAAGGUUCCACGCAAGCUCAUUGUGGCUGGCAAAUACUCCAAGGAUUUUUUCACCAAGAAAGGUGACCUGAAGCACAUCACUAAGCUGAAGCCGUGGGGCCUGCUGCAGGUGCUGGUGGAGAAGUACGAAUGGCAGCCGGAGGAAGCGCAGACCUUCUCAGACUUCCUACUGCCCAUGCUGGACCUCAUCCCGGAGAAGAGGGCCACCGCCGCAGAGUGCCUGCGCCAUGCCUGGAUCGCCUCCUAGUGGCAGCUCCGGGCAACUGCGCCUCCCUGUCCCGACCCCUCCACAUGACAGUGACUGAAUCAGCCAGCCUCAGCCAUAACGGCAGUAUCCCAGAGAAACUCCCUCCAAAAAUACUAGCACAUUUAUUAAUUUAUUUGUUUUAUUUUUUGUUUCGUAUAAUUUCGUUUUUCUUCCUUUCUGAACGUUACUUGAGUAUGUCUGCUUUUUUCAUGUUGUUCCCCCCCCUCCUGAACUCUAUUGAAGAUACUGAUGCUGGAGAAUGGUGGUUUUUGGCCACGCCCACUCACAGGCUUCUUCUUUGUCCAUUUCCACGCUGCAAUGUUUAAAAAAAUUGUUUUAUUUUUUAAUUUUUUUUUGUUGAAGCAGAAUAUCAGCAACUCCAAAGACAUUACCUGCAGUGUAGUGCAGCGGUCAGUUUAUGGGCUGUUUUUGUGUUGGAUAGUGUUUGCAUUGUUUCUAUAUGACUAACAGAUGACAGCUGUGUCAUUUUCUGAGGUGCUUAGCAUUAGUCAGAGCUCACAGCAGUAGGGGGCGCUAGAGAAGGCUGUGAGAGGGGCACUAUGCUGCCAGUGUUGCCCAAAACCACAAACAGACUUUGUACCUUCUCCAUAAAGGCCAUGUACUUGUCUUUCCUCAGUUCACACAUGGGGAGUUUAUCUAUCGACAGCUUCAGCAGGAAUGGUCAGCUUGUUGAGAGAUUAUACGUAUAUUUGACGAGUUCCCCAGCCUCUGUUUCAAUCUUCUGAUAAAAUCUGCGUUGGUUUGAUAGGCUAAUUUUGGUCCUCCUUUAGGUUUUCUUUUUCUAAUGUGAUGAUAGUCUUUUCCAAAUACAAAAUGGAGGCUGCCACUGUCCACAGUGAAGCAGUUGAAUGAUUGGGUGUGUGUGUUUUCAGUGUGUGUGUGUGUCUGUUCUGUGUGCCUGUGGGUGUUCUGUGCAUGUGUGUGUGUGUGUGUGUUUGUGUGCGUGAAUACACUCUUACCAAAGAGUUUGCCUUCUGUAUAUUACAACCUUGUACAGUUUUUACCGAAUUCAGAUACUGUUGUGUAUUAGAUUUAAAAAAAAUAUUUCGCCGGCAAUGUUUUAACUAAUUUUGGGAAAAGUCUGGGUUUGGAUUUCCUAACUCUUCUGUAAGUCUAGCUGUUUUUUUUUUUUUUUAAAGAAAGGAAACACACACAAAAAGGUUUCCAUAACAUUGCUCUUCAGUUUGUUUUCAGUCUAAAAAGAAGCCAAGGGCUUGUGCUGCUGUGAGAUGCCAGCCGCCUGCUCUCUUCUGCUCAGCUUGUUUUCAUUACACAGGUCUUCCGCGCUUCCCUUGUUCAACAUGCUUGCUCACUGCGGAACAUGAAUAGAAAUAUUUUCCCCCCUGUGGAUCAUAGGUAAUAAAGAGGUUUUUAAAAUGAA